GCGUUUGCCAGCUGGCUGAAGUGUACUGCUGAUUUUCCCCUAGAGUCUAAGACCUACCAAUGACAGCUGUUCCUACAUGAUUUGGGAUUCUGGUCAUCUACAAAGCCCUGUUGAGGGAUUUCCUUCUCACAGUUACAAGGCUACUAAAAAGUAGAAGUGGGAGAUAAUCCUCUCUGCUCAUGCAUUUGGAGGGAGGGGAGAGGAACCUAACAAAACCCCAGGGCAGUCAUAACUGCAGUUUACUCUUCCAGUUUGCCUGCGCAGGUGGGAGAACUCAGGCAAAAAGCUUUUCAUAGUAAGUUGCUAGCAAAGUGAGUUAGUAGGAAACCAGAUCUAAUGAGGAAUCAACAGAUGAAUCUGAGGAAGAUGAGAGUGAAGAGGAACCUAAGCUGAAGUAUGAACGGCUUUCUAAUGGAGUGACUGAAAUUCUCCAGAAGGAUGCAGCCAGCUGCAUGACGGUGCAUGAAAAGUUUUUGGCUCUGGGAACACAUUAUGGCAAAGUUUAUUUACUUGAUGUCCAGGGGAACAUCACACAGAAGUUUGAUGUUAGCCCAGUGAAGAUAAAUCAAAUCAGCCUGGAUGAAAGUGGAGAACACAUGGGUGUUUGCUCAGAAGAUGGCAAGGUGCAGGUGUUUGGAUUGUAUUCAGCGGAGGAGUUUCAUGAAACGUUUGACUGUCCUAUUAAAAUUGUUGCUGUUCAUCCUCAUUUUGUAAGAUCCCACUUCAAGCAAUUUGUAACAGGAGGGAAAAAGUUGCUGUUAUAUGAGAGAGGCUGGAUGAAUAGAUGGAAGCCUUCAGUUUUACAUGAAGGGGAAGGAAACAUAAGAAAUGUGAAAUGGAGAGGAUACUUAAUUGCUUGGGCCAAUAAUAUGGGCGUGAAGAUACUUGACAUGAUCUCCAAGCAAAGAAUUACCAAUGUGCCUCGAGACGACAUAAGCCUUCGCCCAGAUAUGUAUCCCUGCAGCCUUUGCUGGAAGGAUAAUUUAACGCUGAUUAUUGGCUGGGGAAAUUCAGUAAAGAUUUGCUCAGUAAAAGAACGGCAUGCCAGUGAAAUGCGUGACCUUCCAAACCGCUAUGUGGAAAUAGUUUUCCAGUUUGACACCGAAUUCUAUAUCAGUGGACUUGCGCCUCUCUGCGACCAGCUUGUUAUACUUUCAUAUGUAAAGGAGAUUUCCGAAAAAACGGAGGUGGAGUGUUGUGCAAGGCCUAGACUGGAUAUUGUACAACCCCUACCUGAGUCCUGUGAAGAGAUCUCUUCUGAUGCACUAACAGUACGAGGAUUUCAGGAAAAUGAAUGUAGAGAUUAUCAUUUAGAGUAUUCGGAAGGUGAAUCACUUUUUUAUAUCAUCAGCCCAAGAGAUGUGGUUGUGGCUAAAGAGCGGGACCAAGAUGACCACAUUGACUGGCUUCUUGAAAAGAAGAAAUACGAAGAAGCUUUGAUGGCAGCUGAGAUCAGUCAGAAAACCAUAAAAAAGCACAAGAUUUUGGACAUCGGCUUAGCCUAUAUAAAUCACCUAGUGGAGAAAGGAGAGUAUGACAUGGCUGCUCGAAAGUGCCAGAAAAUUCUUGGCAGAAACACAGAACUCUGGGAAUUUGAAGUUUACAAGUUUAAAGAAAUAGGUCAGCUUAAGGCAAUUAGUCGUUACUUGCCCAGACGGGAUCCAGUUUUGAAACCUCUGAUCUAUGAAAUGGUCCUGCAUGAGUUUUUGGAGAGUGACUACGAGGGUUUUGCAACCCUGAUAAAAGAGUGGCCUGGAGAUCUCUACAACAACACAAUCAUAGUUCAAGCUGUAGUGGAUCACCUGAAGAAAGAUCCACAGAACAGGACUUUGCUACGAACGCUUGCAGAAUUGUAUACUUACGACCAGCGCUAUGGCAGAGCCUUAGAAAUUUACCUAACUCUGAGGCACAAAGACGUCUUCCAGUUGAUCCACAAGCACAAUCUUUUCAGUUCUAUCAGAGACAAAAUUGUUCUGCUCAUGGAUUUUGAUUCAGAGAAAGCAGUAGACAUGCUUUUGGAUAACGAAGAUAAAAUUUCCAUUGACAGAGUCGUUGAAGAAUUAGAAAACAGGCCUGAGCUACAGCAUGUGUAUUUGCACAAGCUCUUUAAAAGAGACCACCAUAAAGGCCAACGAUAUCAUGAGAAACAGAUCAGCCUUUAUGCUGAAUAUGAUCGUCCAAACUUACUACCAUUUCUCAGAGACAGCACGCACUGUCCACUAGAGAAGGCUCUUGAGAUCUGCCAACAGAGGAACUUUGUAGAAGAGACAGUCUAUCUUCUGAGCAGAAUGGGUAAUAGCCGCAGUGCCUUGAAGAUGAUAAUGGAAGAAUUGCAAGAUGUAGAUAAAGCUAUUGAAUUUGCCAAGGAACAAGAUGACGGAGAACUUUGGGAAGACCUCAUUUUAUAUUCUAUUGACAAACCACCUUUUAUUACUGGUUUGUUGAACAAUAUUGGAACCCACGUUGAUCCCAUUCUUUUGAUCCACCGCAUUAAGGAAGGCAUGGAGAUUCCGAAUUUGAGAGACUCACUAGUGAAAAUUCUUCAGGACUACAACUUGCAGAUCUUGCUGCGGGAAGGUUGCAAAAAGAUACUUGUUGCCGAUUCUCUUUCUUUAUUGAAGAAAAUGCAUCGAACUCAGAUGAAGGGUGUUCUAGUAGACGAGGAGAAUAUCUGCGAAUCAUGCCUGUCUCCAAUACUUCCUUCAGAUGCAUCCAAGUCAUUCAACGUGGUAGUGUUCCACUGCAGACAUAUGUUUCACAAAGAGUGCCUCCCAGUAUCUAACACAGUAUCUCCUGUCCAGUUCUGCAACAUAUGCAGUGCCAAACAUCGAGGGCCAGGAAGCACAAUCCUGGAGAUGAAGAAAUAGCAGUCCCCUAGUUUUCCAUGCCAGUCUGUGACACCAAACUGUUAGGACCAUGCAAAGCCACUGUAGUUUCUGUUAGUCAUCGUUUCUGUAUAAUUGUGAUUUAAAACUGGUUUCUAUAAGUUAUCCAGCUUAUUGAACAUUUUCAGAAAAGAGAAGAUGUGAAAAUGUUUCCCUAGUAAGUCUUUGUUAUGCAAUUCUUACAUCACUGUUCGUUUCCUGAGCUCAUUACUUAACUCUGGAACAGAAAAGAGAAAUAAAAUGGGAAGGAAAAAAAAUCCAGUUUGGAGAUUUGUGCUUGCUAUCAGUUAAUGUGCUUUGCAGUUUGGAGCUGUAUCAGGCUCAUAGUUAGAUAUCAUAAACAAAAAUUAAUUGCUGUGAAUUCAGCUCACCAAACUAUUUUAGUCCUGAUUUAGUUUAUUAGUGAACUGUUUAACUUGAGACCCACAGGAGUCUUGACUGCUUUCAGUGGAACUGCUUCAGGACUUGAAGCUAGCUGUGUGCUGACUCGUACAUUAAAUUAACAAACUCGUUAACUGUGAAUUCCACACAUUGGCAGUUUACCUUGGUUGCAUGGUUACACAUUCAUAGUUUGUUAUAAAGUGGUUAUUAUCUUAAUUGAUCUUCACAAUGCAGCAUUUUAAGGUGGGCUCUUCUCAUAUUAAACUCAUCCAGAAACUUUAUUUUUAAAUGUUAGUAGUAGGUCUUUACACUUACUUUAUAAGUGUGGUUGUAGUGUACGAUUUCAUUUACGUAUUGGGGGAAAAAAAAAAUCUAACCCCUCAAAGAUCAGAUCUCUAGGAGCUUCUUUUGGCCUUAGCAAUUUAAUAGCUAAGUUAAAUAAGUGUAUUUGAAUGUUAACAAAAAACAUAUUUAUUUUUAAUUUCAACAGUGUUCUGUUUUGUUGAUCCAGAGGAGUGGAUCUUUCAGAAAUGUCUUCACAGUAAUGUAAUCUCUUUAUGAUGUUCUCUGAUUAAAUUAAAUGUAAGCAUCUUUUCCCUAAGAAAAGUCAUUUUUCAGAACUCGCAAGAUAGUUUUCCUCUUUUUAAUAACUGGAGUUUGAAAGUAAAAAUACACUGUUUUACCAUCAAAUUGUGAGGUUUAAACAAGUAGUUAACUUCAUAAGAUCUGAAACAAUGGUAUAAUGAUACUGCAGUGUAUCUGUAAAACUGGAAGAUGUAACACCUCUAAGUUCUUAUGUAGCUUAUUGUCAUGUAGGUACACCUUAAAAUAAUUUAUAUUUCAGAAACCCCAAUUUCUAGUUUAUGUAAAUUCAUUAUUUUCUUUUGAUAUCCUCCAGGCAGUUGGCUGAGCUGGUCUAGCAAUCUGAAGAGUGAUUUUUGUUGUCCACUGUGUGGAUCUGUAUAAUACUGGAAUAAAAUUUUAAGUAUAUUAGAAAUACUAGGAUUUACUCUGCAUAGUUACAGGACAAAAUUAUCAUUAAAAGGAUAGAUCUCCCAAGAACAUAGCAAUCAUAUUUUAUUGUGAUAAUACAGACAGCUGAGGAAAAAAUAAAAAAUCGUGCAGAUUAUCUAUGGACAUGCAGUAGAUGAAAUACCAGAAGGAUUGGAGCUUUGUAGUGCAGAACAUAGUCCGCAUACGUCAAGCUUCAUCCAUAAGAAUUACUGCCUGGCUCUGUAGCAGUUAAUUUUCAGUGGCUAGUACACAUUCUCAGGUAUAUUGUUCAUUUAUCCAUUCUUUACUACGCUGAUCAGGAAAGCUGCUUUGAUUCCUAGUAAAUGAAAUGCUCCAGUGAGCUCAAGGGCUGUUUCACCAUGAUAUUUGAUCUAUUGCAUGCCUGUAGACAAGUUUAAAAACUUCCCCAAAAAACUCUUCCUCAGUAGCACUAAGCAGCUUUUCUGUAUUAUACCAUAAGAAUGCAUUGUGCAAUGCCAUAAGCGGUCAGCUUGUGGGAGGAAAAAGUGUAAUUACUCCUAUAGAGUUAUGCCACAAAGUGUUCUGUAGCUCAGAGUUAUAUGAUAAUUUAAAGCAGGUAUAUUGUUUACUUCAGCUUGGCCUUAAAUUCCCUAAAGCAUUUGAAUGUUCAGUGACUCAGUUUGCUAGCCUGCCAUCACUGACAAUCAUACUGCAUUAUACCCUGGCAUAUUCUUUGCAUUAUGCAAGUAAUUUUAAAUCACUGUAUGAAAAUCUAAUCAAAAUCUUCUCUAAAUCCAAAGCUUCUUUCAUUUGGGCUUCAGGGACUACCCUUUUCAUGUUCCUGAAUUCUAAAUUUGCUCAUUAAGAUUCAGCAAGAAAUGUACAGUCCUGACUUUGAUUCACUUUUCUUCCUUAGAAACCUUCACAUCAUAGAAAAUGUCUGAGGUUAGAGCCUUAAAUAUUCAGCUGCCCAAGAGCUUUCCUUCUGAAGAACAGAUCAGCCUAAGAAGUAAACUUAAAGUUGCAUAACCCUUCAGAAAAGUACAGAAUAGCACUUUACCAAGUUAACCAGAGCCUAUUUAAGAUGUCAGUCCAUUUAUCAAAGUGCUUGUGCUUUUAACUAAGGUAAACUUAAGGUAAAUUUAACAAGGGAAAUUCUAUUUUUUCACUGAUCCAUCCAGUUCUGUGCGAUUUCUUCAAUAGUGACCAAUAAAGCUAACUGAAAGGAUGCGUGAUGGAUCAAGUAAAAAUGUGUUGGUCUGCCAUAUCAGAGAGACAAAAGUAUUUUGGUUAGAAUGAGUCUUUGGAUGAUUUUUCUCAUCUGUCUUUGUUUUAUUAUUUUGAGACCCAUAAUGCUGUGCGAUAGGCUUGGUGGCAGUUUUGGGCUACACUGAAGAUUUUGGUGGGCCCAAAAGAGUGAGGAGCUAGUGAUGCUUGGUGAGCAUGAGGCUAUUUAAUCCUGCUGAGAGCUUAGUUAAAAGUGACAGCAACAGGAUGAAGGUUGACUUCUGCAAAAGGAGUUAAUCUGUUCCUAGCAGACCUAUGGGGACUGGGAGGGACCUGCCAGGAGUAAAGCUCUAGCCAGCAAUUUGCGGGGCAAGUAAGAGGUGUCUGUUGCCCUUGUAAUAAAUUAUUUAAUUAUUGGGUGAUCUUUUUAUGGCCAAUGGACAAUGUCUGGAAGGGACUGGGACAGGCUCUGCAGAUCUUCUGCACUGAAGUUGAGAGGUGCAUGACUGGCUUUUUCCAUCUCCUGCUACAGCCAAAUCUCAUGUGUUUACCCGCUAGUAGCUGUGUAUUAGUGGGCAUGAGGCAGCCCCUUGACCAGAUGAGUGAUAUAUUGAAUCAGCUGUGUUUGGUGCUUGGGCCAAGAGUCUGCUGCCCAGCAUUACAUGAAUCAGUGGAUCUGUUAAUACUUCAGGGAGUCAUUCUAUAUACGAGGUAUGUCCUCUAGCUAUAGUUGCAUCUGACAGCUGCUCACCUGUGGGAAACCUUGAACACAGGGGUUAUUAUGCGUUGGAACAGGAGUAAGUUUUUCAGUGUCUGACACUAAUCUUGUGUUACAGAGCCAGAGCAAAGACAAAAUGAGGGUUUUUCCCAUUUUUAGAUCCACAUCAUAUUCCUGUUUGAAAUAAGUGUUUUCAUGGAGAGUUGCUGCCAAGGACUUCACUACAGAUUUGUCAAGGACUACCGUAAAGCAAAGAACAAGAAAUAUCCAGUUAUCUGUUAUGUUUGGUAAUGUAUUUUUAGUAGGAGACCAUGCUGCAACAUGUUUUUCUAAAUUUUGGCUGAUAGUUGGAUAGAGGCUGUCAAUACUCUGUAUAGACUGCACAGAUUGGCUUAUCAAGUUUUCAUUUCAGGAAAUGUAAUCACUUUCUAACUUAGAUUAAUGGUAAUUCAGAUAGAGUCUUUUAAGCAGGCACAAUUUUACUCUUUGCUGUUGUGUACACUACCACAGUGGUUUUCUGCUUGGUGAGUAGAGUUCCUGACUGCGGUUCAAAGGAACUGGAAUUGCAAAUAACCUCUUAAAUGAAAACCUCACGUUGGAUUUCCCAUUUCUGAAAUGUUGUGAUUUAGCAUUCAAGUAUUUUCUGUCUCGGUCACCUUGGAAAAUAAAAUGUCAUCUCUGCAGGUUGGUUGGACUGGUCCCUGCCUGUGUCAUUUGAUAGCAGUUUGAAAAAAUACUUGCAGGAAAAUUCUUACCUAAUGCUGAACAAGGACCAUUAUCUGAAUGAGGAAAAACUCUGAGAAGCCUGUUUUCCCUCUCUCCUGUUCUGUUGUACACUUCUGACUUCAUAUCCAUGCAGCAUAACUUCUACUCAUGUUUACAAAUCCUAGACACAUCAGGGUCUCUUCCUCUCUAGAAGACCUUCCUCCUUGAGCCGAUCUUUGCCAAAUACUAGGUCUAAUUCAAUUGAUGUAGUCUUAAAACAAUGUAAACAAGACUUGUAAGAAGCAAAGUACCACAUUUAGAGAAUGACUCUUUAAUUAUAUGCUUUUGGGACUGUCUUACUCCACUGUGCCAUGAAAGAUUAAUUUUCUCUUGGCAUUAGGGAAAUACCUAGAUGGUGUGUUUUCUGUUCUUCAAGACAAUGUGUGCUUUCUUUUACUAUAAUCAAAUUAUGCAGAAAACAGGACAACUGAAGUGUCUGAGACAUCAAACACACAAGAGAAUAGGAUGUGUGAGAAGUUCUAAGAGAAGUCAAUGAGUCAUAGUGGGAACGACCUAAAUUUAGUCUUAAAAGACUUCAGUAAAUGGCAAUCAUAAUAAGCUUUUGCAAUAGAGCAGGUCUUAGAGGCUCUGAUGUGUUUAGGCUGUGACCUUCCCCCAGGAGUCUGCAAUCAGAAUGGACAAGGCUGCCAGUGGCUUCUGCUCCUGGAUUAUGCUUAGGACUCCUGCAACAGCAGGAGUCAGAAACCUGCUGAAUGGAGGUUGGUACCCCUCCAGCCUGGAGGAACUGCCAGAGGUAGAGGUAUAGUAGAGUAAUUAAGGGCUAGAAAGUGGCAGGAGCUGCAGAGGGCAGUUAAAUUGUUGGCUGGGGUUUUUUUUGCUUUGCUUUUAGUCUGAUCCCAGUAGGAUUUAAGUCCAAUUAGGUUGACAAGGUAAUGGUAUCUUGGUGUCUGAUGGCUGUAAAAUUGCAUUUAGCAAGAUGUCAGCUGGAUGACAGGUUCCAAAUAGUGUUCACAUAGGAUGCAGCUUUGUCUGUCUCUGGUGGCAGUGAGGGAGAGAGCCACAAUAAACGAUUGUGGAUUUUUUUAAAAAUCAGAUUAAUGGAAAUGUUUUUAAAAGUGAACAAUUGUCUCACAUAUUACCAUGUCUUGCACACAAUAAAGUAGUAGCACUGCAAGGUGCAGGUGGCAAUAGUGUUUUUAUUCUGUAGGACCCAUUCAGUAGCAGCUAUUUUUGCACAUGCUGGCACAAGAAUCACUGAAGCACUUUUCAGUGUGUCCAACACCAGCUAUUAAGAUUCUUCAAUCUGGAAUUUCUGCAAAUCAAUAGAGAUCUUACUUAAACAAAAUCAAAGUUGGGAAGCAUUUUCUCUGUGCAAUCUGUAAAGCUGAGCCAAGAAUAUAUUUCUGGCAUAACUCACUUCUAUGCUAUGCAGAUUUUCAUUCCCUGUGCAGUAUCAAAAAACUUUUCUAGUGAUGCCCUACGGGGACUAUGUUCUGUUUACAUUAUCCCAUAUUCAUUCUUUCUCCUCCCUUCCUCCCUCCAACCCCCCCAAAGUACGUGCAUUGGAGUGAGUGCCUUGUUUUGAAUUGUGUAGUGAUUUUCAGUCAGUAUCUGCAAACACAGACACUGUGCUGUGUAUGUGUUAAGGUGGGCAAGAUCAGAGGCACGUGCUUUGUAUAUCCCGUGGGAGGUAGCCAGAUCUUUGUUCAUCCUUAGUUCCUGGGGGAGUUCAUUCCCCAGUGUCAGGCCAAGGAAAACAUUUUCCUUCAGAGGUGAACUUUCCAGAAUAACAGUAAUUUUCAGUGGUGCCAAAAGAAUCAUUGAGGUAGGAAGGGACCUCUCAAGAUCAGCUAGUCCAGUCCCCCUGCUGCAGCAUUGGUUGUUCCAUCACCUUCCCAGGGAUUGAGUUGAAGCUGAUGAGUCUGUGGUUCCCCAGAUCCUACUUCUUGCCCUUCUUACAGAUGAUGAUAUCCCAGAGGAUCAGUUGAAAGGAGGACUACAGCCUUGAAGAGUGAGAUUUGCUUUCUUCCACCCUUCAGGAACCUCUUCUGAUUGACAUGCCCUUUUAAAGAUAAUGAAGAAUGUUUUCUUCACGCUGAAGGCUUUGUGCAUGGGUAUUUUAUAAUGUUGCAGUCCAGUCCAGAGAUUAAGCCAGUAUAAAUUACUGUGGGGUUAGAUCAUGGUCCCCAACAAAAGGGGCUGUUCCUAUGCCCCUGGCUUGGCAGAACUGUUACUCAGUCUUUACAAUCAUUAUUCACAGAAACAGUGCCCACUUCCUUAGCAAUGGUAAAAAUGCAGCUGCAUUUGAGCAUGUUUCUGGCAUGCAAAUUUUCCUUUGCUUUCAGAGGUAACUGCUCCUCUUGUCUUCCUUACUCACAUAACCAAGAACUGCCCUUGCAGCUCUCGCUGCCUGGGAAUUGCAGUGGAAAUCCUCUGUUCUUCCAUUGUCUGUACCAAGAGCUAUGUCAGGCUGCUUUGAAGCUGCUAAUCUUGCAUCAGCUCAACAAGCAGAUGUAAUACCUUUUCAUUAUUGAUGAAUGAAGGAUGAAACUGGGCACUUAGAGUAAGUACCAAGGAGGAAUGAAUGAAAAUACAUUGCAUGUGGUAGGAAGAGGAAAAAAUGGCAGGCCCUUUUUGGGGGAAGGGUGGGAGAAAUUUUCUUUAGCAGAAUCAAUAUAAAGGAUUAGGUACUGAUUACAUUUAAAAAAGAAAAAAAAAGAUUUUUUUUGUAAACGAUGCAUAAAGCGAGCUGUGAUGCCUAUGCUAGAUGGCAUUGAUCAGAGGUGAUGGGCUGCUCAAGUCUGGCAUCAGCAUAUACAAAAUCCUCUGCAGCUGUUUUAGAGCUUAAGGGAAGUUCUGCUUUUAUGGGGUGUGUUGUAUUCGCUGCUGUUCCCUCUGGUUUACUUUUCAUGGUAGGACUCGCUCACCUUUUAACAGGCUGAAAAGCAGGUAGCCUGGAUGUGCAUCUCCUCCAUGGUCAACAGCCACGCUUCGUAUCUAUAGAUACAGGCAGCUCAGCAGUCACAGGCUCCAAGGCUGCAAACUGCUGUCAGGAGGACCUUUGAUUGCUGAAGUCUGUGAUGGAGCUUUGGAAACAUGAGACAGGUUUUGUUCUUGCUGAAACUGAUGACAAAUUUGCCUUGACUUAAAUGAGGACAGCAUCUGACCCUCCUUAGAUAGUAGUUUGCAUUAUGAAUAAAUACUAUAAAAUCAGUUAGAUCAGGAACUUUUCUUUCUGAGCUGGCUGUGGUAGUGUGUAACUGCCUAGAUGCAUGUAGUACAAAAUUACUUUAAUAGUGGAGCUUGGUGGUCAUCCAUAGGAUUCACUGCCAAAGAGGUUUAUGGCUCUCAUUUAUCAUUCUAGGAAACAGUGAAAACCAUUUUCAUUAAUAAUGUGUACUUCCAAAACUGUAUUAAAACAAAAUUAUAAGGGCAUUUAAAGAGAUUGUACCUUGUUGUGCUCCUGUGAAAUAUGUGUGUUGUAGUUGUUUUUAAAUGCUUCUUCCCAUAUGCUGCAUUGCAGUGUUAUACUGGAAAGGCUUGUGCUGCUGAAUCUGAAGAAUGAAAAUCUAGUGUUGCACAAUGACAUUAGGUAAAGAAAUUAAAUUAUCAUUCUUAAACAGAUUUUUCUAGAUAUGGAAUCCUUCCUCUCUUCAUGUGCCUCACCCCAGCAUGUUCUUUUGUGAUGGCAACAGCCUUUACGCUGAAUUGAAUCAAACCAUGUUACUGAAUUAAUUUACUAUUUGUUCAGUUACUAUCUUAUAAUUCAUGCAGUGGCAGGUGAUGAGAUGAUUUUGUAUAUUUUGUUGGGGAUGAAUCCCAGCAAAUGAAAUCUAAAACUGGUUGCUGA